AUGUCAGCCGCAAUCGACAAACGUCGCAUCAACGGGCCUGAUCGCCUUCACAUGCCCGUCUUUCGCGAUUCGAACGCGGCGACGAAUGCCAAAGGAGUGGAGAAGACCAGCAAGCAGGGCGAUGAAGGGAGGAUGGUAGAGGGGAGCUCAAGGGGAAGAGAUGAAGAGUUGAGGCCACUUUAUAUCCAAACCUCCCUCAUUCCGCAGGCCACCGGGUCAUGCUACAUCGAGUGCUCCUCCCCAUCUGCUUCCUCUUCAUCAUCGCCGUCCUCUCGCAGCAUCAAAAUCGCCUGUGCUGUGUACGGUCCCCGUCAACCCUCCAUUGGCGCCUCUGCCGGUGGGAGCGGUGGGCGAGCCGGAUUCGCUGAUAAGGCUGAACUCAACGUUGAAUGCAGGUAUGCCCCCUUCGCUGUCGCGGGCGGUGGUGGCGGGGUGGGAGGGAGGAUGAAGCCUGGCAAACAUCUCGACUCGACUCUACUCUCCUCACGGAUUCGCUCGGCCCUACUGCCCGCAGUGCGGCUCGACCUCCUACCUAAGGCAGCCAUCGACAUCUACCUCACCGUCCUGGAUGCGGGUGGGAGCGGCUCGACUGGUGGAAGCUCACUUCCUGCCUCUACAGCGUCACUGGAGAGCUGCGCGGCUCUGGGACUGACAGCGGCGAGUGCGGCUCUUGCGCUGGCCGAUGUGGACAUGUGGGGAUUGGCUGUUGGGGCUCUUGCGAGCGUGCAAUCAUCCCCAUCCCCUACUCGAAUCCUCAUCGAUCCCACCCCAGCCGAAGCGGCCGCAGCCUCUUCUUCGGCAGCUUCUUCCUCCAUCGUCUCCCUGGCUACAAUGCCAGCCCUCGGCUCGGUCAUCUCCCUCGAUACGAUGACUACCAGCGGGUCUGGCCUCGGAUUGGACGAUAUGGACGCGGCAGUGCGAGCAUUGGAGAGGGCAGCGGCCAAGGUGCAUCUGGUCGUGGCGGAGGCAUUACAGGAUGAAGUUAAGCAGAGGCAGGAGCGAGGACUGGGAAGCGUGGGAAGAUGA